AUGCUAAAACAAACAAAAAAUCUACCAGCUAAAUGCCUAGAGUGUGUAGGUAAAGGUUGUAAAGAUGAAGAACAAAUGACAUAUGUAGAAACUAGACUGGAGGACUUGGAAGAUAUAGACACCCCAAUCAAACAUGACGACUAUGAAAUACAGGACUGCUUACGACUUUUUAGCGGAGAUGGACCUGCCAGGCAGUUUGAAGGUGGUCAACAACGAGGAGGAAAUUACCCAUGUCUUUGUGGAGUUCAUGCUGAACAACAUACCAAUCUACUCCAUUGCUUCCAUGUUUCUGCUCAAGAUUUGGAUGACAGAUGCAGCACAAUUGGUGACAAAAACCAGAUCAAAGGAUCAGAUGCUCGUCUGUUUUUAAUUAAAUUGGCCCAGUUUACAUCGGAUUUACAUGAAGACAAUGCAUCAGAUAUCACCAUCAGUUACCAGCCUGACAGACAAGAUUAUGAAGCUAUUACAAUUACCAAGGAAAAUGAUGAACCAAUGGAUCAAAUUAGGGACUCUAGUCAUCUGCCAGUAGAUGAAUGUACUGAUUCAAAUGAUGAGGUCAGCAAUGCCAUGGAGGAAGGGUGUACACUUCUGAAAGUGAAACCCUCUCGUCAUUCUGACCCACCUGAAGUACAUGUACUAGCAGUUGACCAUCAAAGAAAACAACAAGAGAACUCCAAAACCAAGGACAAGUACAAAUCCUACAUUAAAGUUUUGAGAUGGGCUGUACAACAUAACAGCACUGAUGCCCAUGAAAACCUGAUCACCAAACCAAAACCAUUACCAGCUAAGAAACCACUAUCAUGCAAAAGGAAAUUAUUUGAUUCUGAAAUUUCCAACCAAGAAUUUGCAUCACGUAGAAAGAAGACAACAUUCGACCUGGUUGUCCAACUACUUGGCCCAUCAUCAGAUGUGGAAGACUGCAUUAAGUACAGGGAAUUGAAGCUUAAACACCCCGGUCAUAAAUCCUUUAUAUCGGCUUUUGAUCAAUCUUUCUCCAAGCUACAGAUUCAGGUCAGCAAGAAAUAUUUUGCCCUGAAAGAAGAGACAACAAAAGAUGAUGGAAAGGAGAACCGGGAGAAUCUGUUAGCUGACAAGGAGAUUGCUCAAAAGCUGCUUGAUCACUGGGGAAUGUACUACUUUUAAUGUCCAGUGCACUACAUAAUAAUUCUAAAAUGUUACAUAUAAAAUAAUUUUAAAAAAUGCCAUACCUACUUAAGUUAUAAAAUAAGGAGAUGUGGUAUGAUUGCCAAUGAUACAUUUAUCUACAAUUGACCAAAAGGACAUACAUGUAGAUGUAAGCAGCUAUUGGUCACUGUGCAGCACAAGAAAUUUAAGAAAAAACAAUUUUCUUAAUUCUACAUAUACUACCUUUUUUUACUAUUUGACUAUAGUUAUUUCUUAAAAACAUCCAGUGUAUACGCAAGUUAUGCAAAUUAUGUAUCAUACACUUUGAAUUUAUAUUUCUAUAAAUACAAGAAGAUGUGGCUUGAGUGCCAAUGAGACAACUCUCUCAUCCAAGUCACAAUUUGUAAAAGUAUUUAUAGGUCAAAGUGAGGUCUUCAACACAGAUCCUUGGCUCACACCGAACAGCAAGCUAUAAAGGGCCCAAAAAAUGACAUUUGUAAAACCAUUUGAACGGGAAAACCAACGGUCUAACCUUUCUAAAACACAAGAAACAAGAAACACUUAUAAACCACAUCAACAAACGACUACUAAACAUCAGGUUCCUGACUUAGGACCGGUGCAAACAAAUGUAAUGUGUUUAAGUUCAGAUAAAUUAUAUAUUUUUUUAGCCUCUUGGCCAUGUUGGCAGGUAUUUAACAUCAAGUGGCAAAUAUCACAUGCAUAUUAGGACUAGAACAUGUUAAUUUUAUACGAAUAUGAACCCUGCUUUAUUCUAUACUCAGUAACCGCUACAUUAAUCAUGUUAAUGUACAUUUAAUAGUGAAUUGAUCAAUCAUAAAAUUGUAUAAUGAGCACUUUAAUAUGUAAAAUGGUGCACUGGAUAUUUUUAUAUAAAUGUGCACCCUUAGUGGCUUGGAUCAUAAGGCUAUUUUCAUAAAGGCAAAAAACAUAAAAAAGGGGAAGGGGGCAGGUUGUUUAGAGGGUACCCUGGCAACACUUUCAAACAAUGGAUAAUUACAAACUACCAUAACUGAAUAUGUGUGUUGAAUCCUCCGAAUAAUUCCUACUGCUGAUGUAUAACUAUAUAUAAUAAGGGCUGGAAAAUUUAUACAGUAUGAAAUAGGAGACAAAAAAUAAGGAAAUGUGAUAUAAUUGCAAAUGACACAAUUAUUCCUCAGAUAGCCAUACAAACAGACUAGAAUGUAAUUUUAGAUCAUUGUUCAGGAGGGCCUUUAGCAAUGAGCAAAACCUAUACUAAGAAGCAAGAUACAAUUGAACCUGGCGUGAACAAAUUGAGAAAUGAUUCAAACCAGUAAAUCUAUAUCCUGAUUUGUGCUAAAGCAAAAUAUCAAAAAAUAUGGCAGACAGCAUCCCAUGUAAACAACAGGCAAUUACAAAAAGACAAAACAAAUGGAAAAUCAGAACUGUUUUAAUUGCUGCUCUUCCAUGUGAACCUUAGUCACAAUUUGACCUUCGAUAGGAGCAUUUACUAAAACCUUCAUGACCUUGUUGCAACUACAUUCAUUUUCAAAGCCUGCCCCUGUUUUUUAAAUAGACCUUGUGGUUAAUAUUAAAGGAUUUAUGAAGGGGACCUCUUCAAUAGACAGACAUGGCUGAUACUGUAUUCUGACAACUUCAGUAUAAACUGUUUGAAAUUAAUAUAUUUUGUAAUUAAGUCCAGGAGACUGCAUAUCUAUAAAUCUGCAGAAAAACCUUAUCAAGAAUGUAAUAUUGAGACUCAUUGGUG